AUGGAACAGCAGCGAGUACGGUUUUGGGUUACAGUGCUGGUGGUUCUGAUUGCUGAUGAGGGAGCUGUUUCUGUGACCGGAGGAAAUGUGACCUAUGACGGAAGAUCUCUCAUCAUCGACGGCCAAAGAAGGCUUCUCUUUUCAGGUUCUAUUCACUAUCCUCGGAGUACACCUGCGAUGUGGCCAUCUCUGAUCGGUAAAGCCAAGGAAGGAGGACUUGAUGUCAUUCAAACCUAUGUAUUUUGGAACCUUCACGAGCCUCAACUAGGUCAGUACGAUUUCAGUGGAAGAUAUGAUCUAGUCAAGUUCAUAAAGGAAAUCCAAGCACAAGGGCUCUAUGUUUGUCUAAGGAUCGGACCAUUCAUUGAGAGUGAAUGGACAUAUGGGGGAUUUCCAUUUUGGCUGCAUGAUGUCCCAGGCAUAGUGUACCGCACAGAUAAUGAACCAUUUAAGUUUUACAUGCAGAAUUUUACUACAAAAAUAGUGAACUUGAUGAUAUCAGAGGGUUUAUACGCAUCACAAGGAGGUCCAAUCAUACUCUCGCAGAUCGAGAAUGAAUAUCAAAACGUGGAAGCAGCAUUCCACGAAAAAGGACCUGCCUACGUUCGGUGGGCCGCAAAAAUGGCAGUCGACCUCCAAACUGGUGUUCCAUGGGUGAUGUGCAAGCAAACUGAUGCCCCUGAUCCAGUGAUCAACACCUGCAAUGGAAUGCAAUGUGGAAAAACUUUUGGAGGACCAAAUGCACCUAAUAAACCUUCUAUGUGGACAGAGAAUUGGACAUCAUUCUAUCAAGUGUACGGCGGAGAACCGUACAUAAGGUCUGCUGAAGACAUUGCAUUUCAUGUUGCACUCUUUUUAGCUAGAAUGAAUGGAAGCUAUGUAAACUACUAUAUGUAUCAUGGUGGAACUAACUUUGGACGAACAAGCUCAGCAUAUGUCAUAACAGGUUAUUAUGAUCAGGCUCCUCUAGAUGAAUAUGGCUUGUUAAGGCAACCCAAAUGGGGUCAUCUUAAGCAAUUGCAUGCUUCAAUCAGAAAUUGCUCAACCACUAUACUGCAUGGAACACGAAAUACUUCUUUAGGCCAAUUUCAAGAGGCCUAUGUCUUUCAAGAACAAAGUGCUAGAAGAUGCGUUGCAUUUCUAAUAAAUAACGAUGUAAAAGCUAAUUCCACUGUACAAUUUCGAAAUAUAUCAUAUUACAUGAUGCCAAGGUCAAUCAGCAUUCUACACGACUGUGAAAAAGUGAUUUUCAAAACUGCAGAGGUGAACACAAUAUACAACAAAAAAAUUGCAAAAGCUGUCUAAAUCUUUGAUUCAGUGGAUAAAUGGGAAGGGUCUAAAGAUAUCAUCCAAAACUUUGAACCUACAAUAUCUCUACAAUCGGAUACACUACUUGAGUAGAUGAAUGUGACUAAAGACAAAUCUGAUUAUCUUUGGUAUACUAUGAGAUUUCAACACAACAUUUCUUGCUACACACCAAUACUGCAAGUAGAGUCUCUUGGACAUGUAACACAUGCUUUUGUGAAUGACGUAUAUAGAGGAAAUGCACAUGGUAGUCAUGAUACUAAACAACACAUUAUGGAGAAUUAUGUUGAAUUAAAUAAUGGAACUAAUAACAUUUCUUUGCUAAGCGUUAUGGUUGGACUACAGGAUUCUGGUGCUUUUCUUGAAAGCAAAUUUGCUGGAUUGAAAACAGUUGAAAUACAUUGCAACAAAACUGAUCAAUUCUACAAUUUUACUAAUUAUGCAUGGGGAAACCAAGUUGGAUUAGUUGGACAAAGGUUGCAAACAUAUAGAGAAGAAAAUUUAAACGACAUUUAAUGGAGUAACAUUGAAGGAUCUUUUAAUCAACUAAUAACUUGGUACAAGAUAUUUUUUGAUGCACCUAUGGGAAACAAUCCAAUUGUCUUAAACCUUAGCUCAAUGGCGAAGGGCGAAGUUUGGAUUAAUGGACAAAGUAUUGGCCGAUAUUGGGUUUCAUUCCUUACUUCAAAAGGCGAGCCAUCACAAACAAUGUACCACGUUCCUCGGUCAUUCUUAAAAAAUUGUGACAACCUUUUAAUUUUAUUUGAAGAAUUUGGUGGAAACCCUCUUCAAAUUUCUUUAAAUACUAUUUUACUUUCAACUAUAUAUGAAAGUACUUUGUACCAUCAAAUUACAUCAAUAAGUUUAGAGUGA